AUGCUAGCCAACAUACCCCAACCUCCACCACCUCCACCUCCUCCUGUAGGCCCAUCAUUCGAUGCAGCCUUCUCAUUCUUCACUGCAGAGAUGUCUGAUGUCUCUUGUAGCGGUUCAUAUUUCUUUCAUGAUGAUUUCUAUUUAGAUCGAAUGCAAUCGCCUCAAGAACCUGAAUCAACGGAAAUUGAAUCAAGUGCAAACACAUCAAGAAUGGAAAGUACUCCUGAAGUGGUUGUUAUCGGAUCGAAUGAUGGAGACGACGUUGUGGCAUCCGUUGAUGGUGGUAGAGAAAAGGCCAACAUAUUGGCUAAUGGAACUGAAGUUUGUGAGUGCAUCCAUUGUGGUGAGAAGAUAAAGAAACUUAAAGAUGGAACCACCACACCAUUGCAUAGGCAUAUUAGUGAUUACCCAAAGUUAAGAGCCGUCAACACCAUUCAUCCAGGUCAAUUAAAGUUAAAGGUUGUGCCAGGGAAAUUAGAUUCUUCUAUGGUCCAAAACUGGAAAUUUGACAAUAGUAGGAUUAGAGHGSUUGUUUCUCAYAUGAUUAUGGUUCAUGAGUUGCCAUUUAAUUUUGUUGAGUAUGAACUAUUUAAUGUGGUUAUGAAGGAAGCUAACCCCGGGCUUAACAAGAUUUCACGUGCAUCGGCUAAGCAAAAUUGUGUUGCUAGUUAUGAGAUAGGCAAGAAAAGAAUCAAGAAAAUGUUAAGUGCUGUCAAUCAUAAUAUUGAGACAAAGGUUGCUACUUUGACGGUUGACAAUGCUACAACUAAUGAUGUGGUGGCUACAAAGUUGAUGGAAAUUAUGAAUCUUCAGAAAAAACUUGUUAUUGGGGGAAAGUUAUUCCAUGUGCGGUGUUGUGCACACAUUCUCAAUUUGUUGGUUCAAGAUGGUUUGUCGAAAACUAAAGACAUUAUUCACAAUGUUCGUGAGAGUGUGAAACACAAUGCUACGUAUGCUAUGUUGUCUACGGCCUUGGAGUUUAAAGAAGUGUUUGUAAACUAUGCCGAUCGAGAAUCAACAUACAAGACCUUGCCGACCUCGGAAGAUUGGGACAAAGUUGAAGUUAUUUKCUCMUUCUUGGGGCUUUUCAAUGAGGUUACAAAAAUAAUUUCAGGCUCCGAAUAUCCUACCUCUAAUUUGUUUCUUAGUGAGUUGUAUGGGAUUAAAGAAGCAUUAGAUGAUUUAUCUUUGGAUGAGAGCAAAUAUAUGAGAGAUAUGGCUCUCAAGAUGAAAAAGAAAUUUGACAAAUAUUGGGGUACUUGUAAUCUGUUGAUUUCCAUUGGUGCUAUUUUAGAUCCUAGAUACAAGAUGAAGUUGGUUGAGUUCUCUUUUAGUUCCAUUUAUUCAGCGGAUGAGGCACCUAAGCAAAUGAAAAUUGUUCUAGAUACUCUUACUAAAAUGUUUGAAGAGUAUGUUGAACAACAUAAAGCAGCUAAUGUUGUUCAAAUGAGUAGUGCACCUGACAAGAGUGAGAGUGGAGUUAGGAGUGGUUAUAACAAGUUAAGUUCUAGAGUUGGUAUCAAGAGUGGCGCGGCAAAGUAUGAUCAACAUAUUAGAAGCGUUGACACUUUUGCAAGUGUGAAGUCAGAGUUAGACAUUUAUUUAGAAGAAGGCAUGUACAUUGGUGAUUCAGGUGCAUAUUUUGAUGCCUUGGAGUGGUGGAAGGAGAAAAAUAUGAAAUUUAGAAUUUUGUCUAAAAUGGCUGCUGAUGUUUUGGCAAUUCCGAUAACUACUGUUGCUUCAAAAUCAACUUUUAGUGUUGGUGGGAGAGUUAUCGAUGGUCAUCGCGCCUCUUUAGGGACGAAGACGGUAGAUAUGCUCAUUUGCGGAGAUGAUUGGUAUCGUCAUCAUUAUGGACUACACAAAAAGAAAACCAAGGAAACUGAUGAUAUGAUAUAUAUUGAACUUCCAUGA